AUGGAAGCAUAUUACAGCAUUUAUAAUAAUGAAGUCUUAACAUUUGUGAUACUUUUUAAGAUUCUCCUAUUUUUUGAUACAAUCAACUUAAACAAUAAAACUAUUACACGCAGCAAACGUCAAGAUGAUGUAAAAAUUUUGAUAAAUUAUUGGUUUCAGGUAAAAUAUGAAUAA